AUGAUUUUAUCUAAAGAAGAAAAGCAUGUGACUGAAAUUUCAGCGAACUAUUUUGAUGAAAAGUUCACUAAAAAUCAUGUGACCAAUAAUUUAUUUCAGACAAAAUUACUAGAAGUUGGGGUAAGUGCGUCAUCUUCAGAUAUCAAGAAAACUUUACCGGAAUUUGAGAUAAGUAAUACAUCUACUCUUUCUAAUUUAGAUACAGUUCCAGAGGAAUCAACCGAGAUACAGGCAAGUGUGUUUUAUGAGGACGUUAAUGAUAAUGAGGAUAAUUAUAGGAAUUUCUCUGAUGAUGGGAGCUUCUGUGUGAUAGGAAUGUACGACACUCACCAUUUAAGAUCGCCCGGUCCGAGAUAUGCAAAUCCAAGGCAUACGUAUUCAGUCUCACAGAGUGAGGAUGCUAUCGCAUCUAAUUAUACUACUUUUAUGUGGAAAAGUAAAUGA